GAUGUGGGCGUGACCGCCUGUAAGGUAAGUCCAGACAGAACAGAGGGGGGAGGUAAUCAUUCGUGUUUGAGGAAGAUGGCGUCUGCAAAGAAGUCUGGGAGCGGUGUUCUUGAAAAAGCAGUAAACGGAAGACGCUCGUCAAAACACAAAGAGGGUCCAAUAGUGAUGGACACCAAGGCAGUGUUCACUGCUUUAUAUGAUGUCUGUGAAGAAAAUGCCGCCUUCUUCUCUGGGGCCACAAAGGGCCAAACCGGGGACGCAACUCAGCGCCUGGAGUACGCCAUGACAACUAUCCAGGAGCACGCCCGGAGCCUGGAGCCUGUCAUCUCUGGAUUCGCUGCCAUCUAUCACCAUUUUGACUUUGACCCUCAUAUCCCCGCCAAUGGAUAUCGCUCUCUUGUUAAGGUGGUGCGCUGUUGCCUCCUCCACAUCAUUCACAAAGGACGCUAUAUCACAUCCAACAGGCGAAGCAUCUUUUUCCGCGUGAGCCACAAUGCAGCAGAGAUGGAGGCGUACUGUAGCGCUCUGUGUCAGCUCAGGGCGCUGCUCUAUCUAGCUCAGAGACUGCUUCAUGACAACAGCCAUGGCAACCUCUUCUUCCAGGAGGAAAGUGGCCUCAGUCAGAGCUUCCUGAGAGAGUACGCCUCCAUGCACAAGGGCUGCUUCUACGGCCGCUGUGUUGGAUUUCAGUUUACUCCUGCCAUCCGUCCAUUCCUGCAGUCAAUUGCUAUUAGCCUGGUUGCCUUUGGAGACAACUACAAGAAGCAUCAGUCAGGGAUAGUGGAGGCAGGAGAUAUCGCUCCAUAUGGUGUAGCAGCCAGUUCUUUCCUGACCUCUGGGAAGUAUGCCAUUGACCCUGAACUGAGAGGUCAGGAGUAUGAACGCAUCACUCAGAACCUGGAUGUUCAUUUUUGGAAGACAUUCUGGAACGUAACGGAGACUGAAGUUCUAUCAAGUCUGGUGUCUAUGACGGCCACACAGGUGAAGGUGAAUCGAGCUCUUUCUGUUCCCCCCAUGCCCUUUGACCUGCCGUUGGUGGCAGAUCCCACCCACACGGUGACUGUGUGUCCUCCUGCAGCUCAUAUUGGCCCGGGGCCUGUGCAGAUGAGAUUGAUCUCAUAUGAGCUGAGAGAAGGACAGGACAGUGAGAAAUUACUAGCACUGUGUCGCUCAGAGGGGGGCCCGAUAUAUCUUUCUUUGGGCCUGAAGACGAAGUGCAGUCCUCCUUCCCCAUGGCUGGUGUUGCACUUCCACGGAGGAGGCUUUGUGGCACAGACUUCCAAAUCGCAUGAGCCGUAUCUGAGGAGCUGGUCUCAAGACCUGAAUGCCCCCGUCCUUUCGGUGGACUAUUCUCUGGCCCCUGAAGCCCCAUUUCCUCGGGCUUUGGAAGAAUGUUUCUAUGCCUACUGCUGGGCCAUCAAGAACCACAACCUGCUAGGUUGGACCGGUGAGCGCGUGUGUUUGGCCGGUGACAGCGCAGGAGGAAAUCUGUGUGUGACCGUGUCGAUGCGGGCCGCUGCUCACGGCGUGCGCAUGCCGGAUGGCAUCGUCGCCGCGUACCCCGCCACCCUGCUCACCGUGUACGCCUCGCCAUCCCGCCUGCUCACCCUCAUGGACCCUCUGUUGCCCCUCAGUGUGCUCUCACGCUGCCUCAGUGCUUACGCAGGCACAGAUCCACAGGUGGAGAAGCAGGUGGAGAAGGUGAGCACUUUGAGCAUGGUGAGGAGAGAUACUGCCCUGCUGCUCCGAGACUUCAAACAGGGGGCCUCCAACUGGAUCCAUUCACUGCUGGAUAGAGGGAGUGCAGACUCUGUAAGAAUGAGUGUUUCAGAAGCGUCUCUGACCUCUCCUCACGUAGACCCUCCGGUGUCCGGCAAGGCGUCUGAAUACUCCCUGGAGAAGGGGUCUCUAAAGAGCCAGACGUGCCAGGACUUGGGCACACACGCUAACAGCGGUGCCAGCAACGUACAGAAAAAUGCCAACCACCUUAGCACCACCACAGCCAACCACAACUCCAUCCUUGACAUCACACUGACACCCGAGAGCAAGCCAGAGGAUGUGAGUUUCUUCCUCUGCAAAGAAGUGGAUCCCUCAGUAUCAGAAUCCUUUUCAUUUGUGGCCAUUCCGCCCCCUGGUGGUCAGGAGGACUCUGAGACACCCCGGGAGUUUCCAGAGGGCUUUGAGCCUCUGCGUUCGGAGCAAUUAGCAGAGAUGAACGUGCAGAGUUCUCCCAUUGUCAGAAACCCCUACAUGUCCCCUCUUCUGGCUCCAGACAGCAUGCUAAAGGGACUACCUCCAAUACACAUAGUGGCCUGUCAUCUGGACCCCAUGCUGGAUGACUCUGUGAUGUUUGCCAAAAGGCUGCGAAAUAUCGGUCAGCCAGUGACCCUGUGUGUCGUGGAUGACCUUCCUCAUGGCUUCCUCAGUCUGUCCCAGCUCUCGAGGGAGACUCGGGAAGCUGCUAACGUAUGCAUGGAGCGAAUCAGGGAUGUCUUCACCAUGAAAGACCCUCCCCCAGAGAUGCGCAAGCACCUCAAACUGGAACGGACCAACCAGAAGCCUUCUGCUACCAAAAGAGACCACACUCAGCUUUCGCAAGUGACUGUGCAGGAGGAGGAGGAGGAGGGGCUAUCUGUUGGGGGAGGGGCUUCUGUUUUGGAUGAGGAGGGGCUUACUGGUUUUUACCCUCCCACUAAAGCUGAAGCUGAAAAGAUUCCAGCUUAGAUUUUGGCCUGAAUGAUACCAAAAGAGAUACAUAUGGGUAGAGUAAGGUCAUAUUAUUUGAAUAAUGCAGUGAUUACAGCGGACUAGAGUAUAGAGAGAAAAAUAAAGGAAUUAACCAACUAUUAAAUGAAAACUUAUGAAAGACACUAUUAUUUAGUUAUAGAUUGGAUAAAGUUCAAAUUAGAACACCUCCAGCUUUAGUACACAAAUAUGAUUGUGUACACAUGCACUCCCUUUACAUCUGUUUACCACCUUGCCUUUUGUUGCGUUAUACCAGCACAAAAACUAAUAUCCUGCCUUGUACAAAACAUCCCAGCACAUAACCUUCAUUGAAAGACAUUACAAAUGGAUGUAUAAACCCAAACCUCACUCCUUAUAGCACUAUAACUGUUCUUAUACGUUAAUGAAAUCGGUCUACAAACUGUGAUUCAAUAUUAUACCUGUGUGCUACAAUUUAAACUCCAUAGAAUGCAUUGCUGCUUGGCAUCCUGGGGCUAACUGACGAGAGCAUUUAUUAAUGGUUGAUUUUUUUUCUUUAUAGUAACUUUUUAAUUAUUUAUGACACCAAAUUAUAAUAUGGUGUUACUGUGUAUGUUAAUCACCCUUUAUUAAUCUACCUGCCUCUCGGCUCCUAGAGGACGUCCUGUGCGAGUAGCGUUUGAAUAGGAUUUCUGAUGCUGCUUUGUCCUCAUAGAGGUGGGUGUUUAUGAAAUGCAAUUAAUCGUGAUCAAAUUUCCCACAAGCGUUCUGUGGAAGGAAAGCUCAAUUACACAAAACCGCACUGAAUUUGUGAUAUAGUGUUACUUGUGUUCUAUGGUGUCCAGUCUUGUUAUACUUAAAAUAAUAGUGAAUUUUGUCAUAUAUUAUCUUCAUUAUGGCUUGGUGGAUUGUGUUUGGUUUGCUGUAAAGUGCUAGUUCAUCCAAAAAUUUAAAUUCUGUCGUAAUUUUUUCACCCUCACAUCAUUUCAAACCUGUAUGACUAGUUCUUUAAGAACGUUUCAGCUAUUUUUGCCCAAACAAUGAAAACCACUAGGGUCCAAAACAAACCAACAUGGGGCUCCUUUGACUUUUAUUGUAUGGGCAAAAAAGCUGAGAAUAUGUUCCACAAAACAAUGAAAGUCACACAGUUUUGGAAUGACUCAAAGGUGAGUAAAUAAUGCCAGAAUUUUCAGUAUUUGGAUGAAUUUUCCUUUUAAGUCUCAAGUGGUGUUGAAGUGGCAUAAUUCAAAUAGUUAAGAUUUUUGUUUGUUUAUCAUAAUCAUACUAUAAUCACAUUUAUCUGUACAGUUAAACAAUAGAUUAGUUUGCAUGUCAAAAAGA